UAUUUUGAAGUUCUUCUGUGUUUGUAAGAUGAGAAAAAGCUGAGUCUCAGAGAGGUGAAAAUAUUUCCCCAAAGUCAAUAAUUAGUGAGAGAAGGGCUAAGAUUUAAACUCUGGCCCUCAUCGCUCAAAAAUCUUCUUUCUCAUGGAGUUUGGCAGUCUGGCAUCUGAGACAGGUCCCUUAAAGUCUGCUAUUUUCGGGGACCCCAAGAUUCCUGCAGGCGUUAUUGGGCCUGUUGGAAGAAAGCCAUGGAUAACCUCGAAGAAACACAAAUGGAAGAGACCCCAGCCACCAGAUCCCCGUCCUUGAGGCUCACAGCCAAGGAAAUUCUGGCCUCCAAGACCCAAAGCUCCUUUGCUCAGACGAAAAGAACUAAGACUCUCUUGAUCCAGCUGACCUUCACCAUUGGGAUAGGCAACCUGUGGCGUUUCCCUUACCUGUGUCAUCAGAACGGAGGAGGUGACUUUAUCCUGAUAUACCUCUUCAUGCUCCUCCUGUUUGGGAUCCCCCUCUUGUACAUGGAGAUGAUCGUGGGGCAGUGGCUGCACACGGACAACACCCAGCUGUGGAAGCAGCUUGUCCCCUGGUUGGGCGGCAUAGGCUACGCCAACAUUCUGGUGUGCAUCUUGGUAAGCCUGUAUCACAGUGCCAUUGUCAGCUGGAGCUUCGCCUACCUGGGCUACUCCUUCCAUUACCCCCUGCCCUGGACCGCGUGCCCUCGGAUGAUGAACAUGAGCUUGAAUGCCACCCGCCUCUCCUGCCUUAAUACUGUGUCCCACCAGUACUUCUGGUACCACAUCACCCUGGAGGUCUCCGACCACAUGGAGGAAGGGGUCCAGGCCCUCGUCCCACAACUCACCCUGGACAUCUUCACAAUCUGGUUGAUCCUCUUCAUUUUCAUGAGCAUAGGGAUAAAUAUCUCCCUGCCGUCUCUCCCGGGUUUCGUCUCCUCCCGCUGCACCUAUGGAGUCAUUCCCCGCAGCCUUUGCACCCACCACCCGCCCGGCUCCUCUCCCCUUGGCAGUUCAGAGGCCACAAAACCAAGAGCUCCCUCGCGUCACACCCGGAUCCCUCCCCGAUCCCUGAACACCGCUCACUGCCCUGUCCGCUCCCGCUCCCCUGUGCUCCCUUCCUCCCCACUGCUCCUGACUUCCGGUCUCUGUCCCGACCCACCCCGCCAGAUCCUCAUUUUCUCGAUAUUGUUCCCCUACGUCCUCAUCUUCUGCAUGCUGAUCCGAGGUCUGUUCCUGGAAGGCGCAGCCGCCAGCCUCGGGCGUAUGAUGACCACAGAGCUCUCUGACUGGGCCUCGCUGGACAUGUGGCGUCAGGCAGGAGGCCACGUGCUCUAUUCCCUGGGCCUGGGCACGGGCAUCGUCAUCAACAUCUUCUGCAAGGCUGGAGGCAGAAAUUUUAUCCAGGUGGCCUGCUUGGUGGCCCUGGCCAACCUACUGACCUCACUGCUGACCACAUCCCUCAUCUUCAUAGCGCUGGGGUUCUGGACUGCCAACAGCGGUGAAGCCUGUGUUGAGGAGUGAGUAAUCAUCACAGCUUUGCCCGUUGGCGGGG